AUGAUUUUGUGUAGGUUCCGCAGUGAACUUGAGGAACCCUGCCGACAAAACAUUAUCAGCGUCGGUCAAUUCACUAUCGUCCACAAGCUGAACAACAGGACCGUCCGGAAAGUUCCGUUGGAUAAAACCUAUAUCUACAGCACAAAUGCUGUGGAUAUUGAAGGCCGCAUAUACGAUCACCUGGGUAAAUAUAAGCGGAUUGCCCAGUGUAUUCGCUGGGGCGAUGAUUUCGUCGAUUUGCGGUAUGAAUGUAACGGCGACCUCGAAUCCUACUUGAAGAAGACCCCUUUAACGAGCAAUACUAAACAUCGCAUCGCUCGACAAGCCAUCGAGGCAGUGGCCUUCAUCCACGAAAAGGAUGUAAUUCAUUCCGAUCUUAGCGCUCGUCAGUUUCUAGUGGACAAAAGUUGCAAUAUCAGAUUAUCCGACUUCGGUGGCUCGUCAUUACAAGGCUCAGAGGCUAUUGUGAUGGAGAAUGCUACGCACUUCCUACCCCGAGAUGAAAACGCUCCAAAUACUAUCCAGAGCGAUUUAUUCGCUCUAGGGUCUACUAUCUACGAGAUUCUACUCGGCGAAAAACCUUACGAAGGAAUGGAAGAUGAAGAAAUCCAGCGACUUUUUUCCGACAAAGUAUUCCCAACGCUCGACGGAAUAAGAGAUCAGCAGUGGGGGAAUAUCAUUCAAAAAUGCUGGACGUGCCAGUACAGCCGUGCAUCGGAUAUCCUCGAGGACAUUCCAUCUAUUCCAUGCUUCAGACGCAUCCUCGCCAGAAUCAAGUCCACCUUUCGCAAUAACAUCUGA